CUCUGGCUAUCUUAACAUGCUUUUGUAAAAUAAUACACAAAAUGGAUGAUUUUAUAGAUGAAAUUAGUGGUGAACCACGUCUAAAAUACACUCGUUUUUCUGGAACAGUUACAGGAAUAUUUUCCAAUGAUUUUAUUAGUACAUUUGAGGUGCUAUCAAAUAUAUUAGUUCUUGGAUCACAUAAUGGAUAUCUUUAUGUUGUUGAUAUGGAAAAUGAUAAAUUAUCUAAGAGUCAUAUUCAUUCGGCGUCUAUUACAGAUAUAUCAAUUGAUAAUACAGGAGAAUAUAUUGCAACGGCAUCAUUAGAUGGGAAUGUGGGAUUAUAUGUGAGAUCGACUAAUAGUGUUGUUCUUUAUAAUUAUCGUCGUCCGGUAAAGUCAGUAGCUAUUGAUCCUAAUUAUUGCCAAAGUUUUCGUAUUGUUUCAGGUGGAAUGGCUCAGCAGCUUAUAAUGAAUGAAAAAGGAACUUUUUUAAUUCUUAUUGCUGUAGUAAAUAAUGUAUAAUAGGCUGGUUAGGAAAUAAAGAUACAGUGUUAGAUUGUGAUGAGGGACCUAUUUAUGAAAUCCAAUGGCAUAAGAAUUUAAUAGCAUGGGCAAAUGAUAUGGGUGUAAAAAUAUACAGCACAAUAUUUUCUCAAAGAAUUUCUUUUAUUGAAAGAAUGGCAGAUAGUCCGAGACCGGAUCUUUUUAGAUGUAGGCUAGUGUGGUCUUCAUUUGAUACUUUGCUCAUAGGAUGGGCGAAUUAUGUAAUUGUUGCUACAAUAAAGUUUCCUGACAUUAAUCAUCGAUUACCCUAUAGUGAAAUAACAUUAAUAUUGAAACUUGAUUAUAUAGUAUCAGGAAUUGCGAAAUUUGAGGAUAAAUUGUUAGUUCUUGCGUUUAUUUUUGACAUAAAUACUCUUAUAGAUUCGGAAAUUACAUCUAAACCUAUUGUUGAACGUCCAGAAUUAAGACUUAUUGAUUCUAAAAAUGAAGAAAUAUCUGGAGAUGCUUUAAAUCUUGAAGGAUAUUCUAAUUAUCAAGCCAAUGAUUUUAGUCUUCGUUUGUGUUUGAAAAAAGAACAGAUUUAUGUAAUAGGGCCUAGUGAUGGGAUAAUAGCUAAGAAAAGAGGACUAAAAGAUCGCCUUUUAUGGCUUAUUAAACAUGAAUAUUAUGAAAAGGCUAUUAAAAUUAUGAAAAAAUUAGAAACACCGAUUGAAGGAGUUACAUUAAGAAAUGUUAAUCUUGCUUAUUUGGAGUAUUUAGUUAAAAAUGAUGAAUAUGAUAAAAUAUCUUCUAUAUGUUGUGAUAUUUUUGAAAAUGAUAUAGAUUUAUGGGAGAAAUGGAUUCUUAAUUUUGCAGAAAGCGGUCAUUUACAAUUUAUUACUCAGUAUAUUCCAACAGAUAAUCCACAAUUAAGUACGUCAAUUUAUGAAAUGGUUCUUGCUUAUCAUCUUGUUUCUAAUCAAACAUUAUUACUUGAUAUAUUAAAGACUUGGCCUUGUGAAAUAUAUAAUAUAGACAAUGUUAUUUCUAUAAUAGAAGACAGGUGGAAGAAGAAAGAGGAGACAAUUUUAAUGGAAUGUCUUGCAUAUUUGUAUAUAAAAAAAGGUUCUCCAGAGAAUGCUUUAUAUUUUUAUCUUCGUCUUAGAAGUUCAGAGACUAUUGAUUUAAUUAAACAAUAUCGACUUUUUAAUAAUAUUGAAGAUGAUAUACUUCUAUUAUUUCAACUUGAUUUUUUUUCUGAUAAAAUUGAAUGUUCUUCAGAAAAAAUACUAAAUAAUAAAGUGAUCAGUUUUUUGGUUGAGUAUUCUCAUUUAAUUCCAGUAUAUAAAGUUGUACAUCAAUUAGAAGGAUAUCAUAUUUUUCAAUAUUAUUAUCUACGAGCUAUUUUUGUUUUUGAUAGCAAUCUUGCUUCUGAUUUUGGGGAUUUGCAAGUUGAACUAUAUGCAGAAUAUGAUCGUUGUAUUUUGAUGGAAUUUCUUCAGACGAGUUUUACAUAUUCAUUGGAAAAAGCUUUUAAUAUAUGUAAAUUGCGUGAAUAUAUUCCUGAACAAGUCUUUAUACUUGGAAGAAUGGGUGAUAAUAAAAAAGCUUUAAUGUUAAUUAUUGAAAAAUUGAAUGAUAUUGAUCAGGCUAUAGAAUUUGCAAAAAUACAAAGUGAUGAAGAUUUAUGGGAGGAUUUAAUUGUUUAUUCUUUAAAUAAUCCAGUAUUUAUAUCUCGUUUAUUGGAAAAUGCGGGAGAGGCCAUUGAUCCUAUUAAACUUAUCAAACGUAUUCCAGAAAGCCUUGUUAUUCCUUGUAUUAAAAAAUCAUUAUUAAAAAUUUUAAAAGAAUACGAAUUACAAAUGACUUUGAUGAAUUGUGCAUAUAAUAUUACUUCUAUAGAGGUAUCUGAUUUAUAUAAGGAUUUCUUCCAAAAUCAAAAACAUGGAAUUUUGGUAAAUGUUAAACUUCAAAAAUGUCAUAUAUGUAAUAGAUACAUAACAAAAGAUGGAAAGUAUUUUUUAUAAAUAAUUAAAUUAAAUUAAUAUAUUUUAGGCAUUAUAUUUUUUUGUAAACAUUUAUAUCAUAUAGACUGCAUAUUAGAAAAAAAUGAAGAGGCAUUAUCAGCUGUUAAAGCUUUUAAAGAAACCAAUAUUGGUAUUGGAAUAAGAAGCACAACAGCUUCAAUUAUCAAUGCUUACUUAAAGCAUUGCCCGUUAUGUCAUAUAUAAAAUUACGUAUAAAUAUUUUAUAUCUAGAGAUUUUUUACUAUAC